CAUAUGUAAAAUAUCAGUAGUGACGCUGAAGUGCAAUAAACCUCAUGAAAUUGUCAAGCUUCACCCUCCUGUACUCCUUUCUCCUCAUGUAUCCUUGUGGUGGGUUUAAUCUGCACCGUUGCUGAAGUCCACUGCUUCUCCGCCGCUCUCUACAGCAACAGGGGAAUUCAGUUAUCAUUCAUGGCUACCAACGUACAACUUCUCAAAUUUCUGUUCCUGCUGCUCUUCUUCUCAUCCUUCUGGACUCCUCAUGCUCAGCAAGUACCUGAUACUCUCAAACCUGGUGAUAUGCUCACUUCCUCAAGUAGGCUAGUUUCUUCAGAAGGGAGGUUCACUUUGACGUUCACGUGGUCUAGUCUAUUUGAACGUAACUGCACAUUUUUGGUGAUUUCAAGUACUUCUGGUCCCAGCAAGACUUACUUGUGGAUUUCAGGUGCUAACGACUCCAACGUGCUUGGUUUGGAGAACAAAGCAGGAGCAUUGAUAGUUAUGGGCCAAGCUGGGAACCUCAUGACACUAUACUCUUCUACUCAACCUACCAAUAACACUGUCGCUACUUUAUUGGAUUCCGGCAAUUUCAUCUUCCAAGAAGUGUACUCCAAUGGUUCUACAAAGAGGGUGUUAUGGCAAAGUUUUGAUAAUCCAGGGAACACGCUUGUACCGGGUAUGAAAUUAGGAAUAAACCACAAAACUGGUCAAACGUGGUCACUCAGGUCAUGGUUAACAAGGGACCUCCCUAUUCCAGGACCUUUUAGUCUUGAAUGGGAGGGAAGCCAAUUGGUCAUUCGGCGAAGACAGGUGGUUUAUUGGAAAAGUGGGGUCUUGAGAGAGAACCAAUUUGAGAAUAUUUCACCAAAUCUAACAUCUAUGUAUCAUUUCAACAUUGUUUCAAAUGAUGAUGAAGAAUCCUUCUCUUUCGACUCUGAAAAUCAAAUUCAGCCAUCGCAGUGGACCCUUACAGAUAUGGGGAGAUUACAUGAAGGUCAAAAAUCCAUGGCCCGAACAGAUGAAUGUUACGGCUAUAACAUUGAUGGAGGAUGUCAGAAGUGGAACCUGUCAGUGUGUAGGCAACCUGGUUACACAGUUGAACUUAAUCGUAGUUAUCUUGUAAAUGGUGAUGCGAGCUAUACUAUUCCAGAUCCAAAUCUUGGCAUGAUUGAUUGUAAAGCUAAUUGCUCGGCCAACUGUAGCUGUGUAGCUUAUACUACUCUACUUGGAAAUUGGACUGGAUGCCGAUUUUGGACAACUAUUUCGAACUUCACACCAACCGAUAUGGAAAAUUCAGACCAAGUCUAUAUUCUAUCACCAAAGCCUUCUCAGACUGAGACCGUUCCAAUCCGAGAGAAUUCAACUACUCAGUCAGGUAAUAAUGACACAAAUGAUGACAAACAAUUGCUUAGUUCAGAGAUAUCUAUUGGAGAAAAUGGAAUUCCAAAUAAUAGAAAGAAAGCACAUAAUGUAAGCGUAUUUAGUUACGAAUGUAUAACAACCGCCACAAACAAUUUCUCAUUAGAAAGCAAGCUUGGAGAGGGGGGAUUUGGACCUGUUUACAAGGGGAAACUACCAACAGGUCAAGAAAUAGCCGUAAAGCGACUAUCAAGAAUUUCAGGGCAAGGAAUAAUUGAGUUUAAGAAUGAGUUGAUACUCAUAUCUAAACUCCAACACACUAAUCUUGUUAAGCUUCUGGGUUGUUGCAUUUUUGGAGAAGAAAGGAUGUUAAUCUAUGAAUACAUGCCCAAUAAAAGCUUGGACUACUUCUUAUUUGGUUUGAAAAGCAUUUAAAUUUU